AUGACUACCUUAAACCACACUGGUGUUAGCCACACAGUCUUCCACUUGCUGGAUAUCCCUGGCCUUGAGGACCAGCAUAUAUGGAUUUCCAUCUCCUUCUUCAUUUCCUACAUCAUGGCCCUGCUUGAAAACAGCCUGUUCAUCUUCAUUAUCUUCACAAAGCGCAGCCUCCGUGAACUCAUGUACCUUUUUCUCUGCAUGCUGGCUGGAGCCAACAUUGUCCUCUCUACAUGCAUAGUACCUAAGGCCUUGGCCAUCUUCUGGUUCCAUGCUGGGGAGAUCUCCCUGGAUUGCUGCAUCACUCUGGUAUUCUUCAUCCAUUGUACAUUCAUCUAUGAGUCAGGGAUCCUGAUGGCAAUGGCCUUUGACCACUACAUUGUCAUAUGCUAUGCCGCUAUUCUUACACAUGAGCUGAUUGGGAAAAUAGGCAGGACUAGGUUUCUGAGAAGUUUUGGUGUUGAGUUCCUUACAAUAUUUCUCCUGAAAAGACUGACUUUCUAUAAAAGUAACGUCCUCUCAAACACUACUUGUAAGCACAUUGUCUUGGCCCAUGUUUCCUGUGAUGACAUACGAGUAAACAUCUGGUAUGGAUUUUUUGAACUAAUGUCAAUCUUGGUCUUAGAUGCUGUGCUAAUUUUUGUUUCAUAUAUGCUUAUUCUGUGUGCUGUCUUCCACAUUGCAUCCUGAGAUGCUCGCCACAGAGCUCUCAAUACAUGUGGCUUCCGUGUCUGUGUCAUCAUUCUCUUUUAUAGACCUGGGAUCUUCUCAGUUCUUACUCAAAGGUUCGGGCGCCACAUCCCACUCCAUAUUCAUAUUCUGCUGGCCAAUGUCUAUAGUCUCAUCCUAUCUAUGUUAAAUCCCAUCAUUUUUGGGAUCAAGAUCAAACAGAUUUGGAAACUGCUGGUUCAUUUGUUGUUUCUAAAAUGGAAAUGA